AUGACCAGUACGACUGCCUUUGUGGUGCUGGCGCAACUGGCUGCUAUGUGGAUGUUCGUCGAUAUGUCGACAUUUGAGACGAAUUUUAUGACCCAUAUGAUGGACUUCAAAUUCAAAUCAAGUGGGUUACGGUUCGUAAUCCCUGAAGAAUAUGUCUACAAUUCAAAGAAAUACGUUACAGCUUGUCCUCCGGGACCACCUGGCCCUCCUGGUGAACAUGGUACUCACGGAGAGGAUGGUCUUCCCGGACAAGACGGUCAACCGGGAAUGAGCGCUGAUGAAAUGGGCUAUAACACUGGACCGAAAGAAUGUAUCAAGUGUCCUGCUGGAAUGGAAGGUCCACCUGGACCAGAUGGCCCACCAGGUCCCCCUGGACAUCCAGGAAAUGAUGGCGAACCAGGUUCAGUCGGACAAGUGGGACCACCAGGACCCCCAGGACCACCCGGGGCACCUGGACCCUCGGGGCUUCCAGGUGUACCUGGAAAUGACGGAGAAGCUGGUGCAGAUGGAGUAAGACACUUGGUAGGACCUAGAGGACCACCAGGUCCACCUGGACCACCUGGAGUGCCUGGAACAGACGGUCAUGCUUACGUACAACCUCCACCUGAAUCGGGUCCACCCGGCCCACCUGGGCCUCCUGGAAAAAACGGCACACCCGGAGCGCCGGGAAUACCGGGAGAACCUGGAGCAAUCGGAGCACCUGGAAGAGACGCAGCAUAUUGUCCUUGUCCACCUAGAGCUGCAUUCCCUCACCCUUAUCAGGCUACUGACGAAACAAUCGCUGAGGUGACAGCGGUACAGAAAAUCACCGGAAAUGAGCCUAAUGCUCAAGUGAAAGUGAUGGAGGGUGUUUUGGGACCUGAGCCAAAGGUUGAAGUGAAAACAAAUGUGGUACAGGAUUCUUCUGGCAAAGAUUCGAGGACAGUAUUCGAAAUAGUGGACACUUGGACAGUUGGCCCCCAGGUAGAGUCUUCAGUCUCAGAAAGUAUAGCCCAGUUCCCUAGUGGGAACAAGAAGAACAAGGGCGCUACACUGAAAAGAGCUAGAGUUCAUGGCAAAGGAAUUCGUCGACGAAGACGGACUCACAGAAACAACCAAAACAGAAGAAAGCAUUGA